AUGCCGACCUCCCCCCAAGCUAUGUACGUGCCGUUUUCUCACCGUCUCGAAUGGCAAGAUGUCACGCCUAUCCCGCAAGACGAUCUCCCCGCGUCCUCCCUCGUGGUCCCUAUCGACUAUCCGGACGAGUACCGCGAUGCCACGGAGUACAUGCGGGCGGCUUUGGUCACUGGGGAACGGUCUCGGCGCGUGCACAGUCUAGCAGGGGAGGUCAUAGAAAUGAAUGCCGCACACUACACGGCCUGGUGGCUGAGACGACGCUGUUUGGAAGCAAUGGUAGCGGAAACAACAGCCCAGGACAAUGCGGGGGAUAAGGAAAUGGAUGAGGCCGUGGAGGAGCUUUACGAUGCGGAGCUGGCCUUCGCCCUGCGUAUUUCGGAUGAAAACCCCAAGAACUAUCAGGUGUGGUUUCACCGGCAGACCAUUAUUGCGGAGACUGAGGACCCGGCUGGGGAGCUGGAAAUUUCGACGCGGGCCUUGAGGAAGGACGCCAAGAACUACCAUGUAUGGGCCUAUCGCCAAUGGCUUCUCAAAACCUUCCAGGCAGGCUGGGAGGAGGAAAUGGCAUUCGUUGACACCUUGCUUAAAGAGGACAGACGGUAAGCGUGGCCAGG